UUCUUCAUUCUCUUCUCUCCUCCUCUCAGUGCGCGGAUACGGGCAGGUCUGAACGCCCCCUAGAGGCGACAGCGAGAAGAACGGGCUCGCUUAGCAGCCCUUUGAAUGUGUGUCUCAGUCUGCCUCCCCGGGAAGUCAGAGCGAGGCUGGAGUUCCUUUGGAACCCCGCGCUGCAUUCCAUUCUCUACCAUUCCCUUCAUGCUGGGCAGCGGCGGCGGCAGCAACGACACGGCCAAGGAGGCUCCCAGCCCCGAGUUGCAGCGGGGGGCUGCUUGGCGUGGAAUGUAAGGAUGAUCAUGAUGGCUGGCUUGUUCGAACCGAGCGCCGAUGCAAACUGGCCAUGUAGAAUGCCAGCAUCCAUAAUGUCCUGAAUCUGGAAACAAGUGGAAAAAAAGAAGUUCGUCCACAGGAAUUCACUCUCUCCCUGCCUUCAGUUUUUGGUUUGAUUCUUGUUUAUUUUAUAGUUAGAUUAAUGCAUUGCUGGAUGUGACUCUUCCACCAUGUGGCUUCUGAGGCUAAAGCACCAUUUGUCAAUUCACAUUUGGACUCUGCUGCUUCUGGGUAGUUCUUGGUUGCCAUUGGCAAAAAGCACUACCAAAUCUUCCUCCCCUUUUAUGACUUUCCAAGUCACAGACUGGAGUUUGACACACUUGGUGGUCCACAACAAAACUGGGGAAGUAUAUGUAGGUGCUGUCAACCGGAUCUAUAAGCUUGCAAACAAUCUGACAGAAAUGCGCACACAUGUGACGGGUCCAGUAGAAGACAAUGAGAAGUGUUACCCACCACCUAGUGUGCAGUCUUGCCCACAUGGACUAGUCAGUACCAACAAUGUCAAUAAAUUGCUGCUGGUGGAUUACUCUGGGAAUCGUCUGAUUGCCUGUGGCAGUGCUUCGCAAGGUAUCUGCCAGUUCCUACGCUUGGAUGAUCUCUUCAAGUUGGGCGAGCCGCACCACCGCAAGGAACACUACCUCUCUAGUGUCAAUGAGUCAGGAACAAUGUCUGGUGUUAUAAUUGAAGUGCAUAAUGGACAAAACAAGCUUUUCAUUGGAACUCCCAUUGAUGGAAAGUCUGAGUAUUUCCCUACUCUGUCCAGCCGUAAACUGAUGGACAGUGAAGAGAAUGCAGAGAUGUUUGGCUUCGUUUAUCAAGAUGAAUUUGUCUCCUCUCAGCUUAAGAUCCCAUCAGAUACACUCUCCAAGUUUCCCACAUUUGAUAUCUAUUAUAUCUAUAGUUUCAGUAGUGAGCAGUUUGUCUAUUACCUAACACUGCAGCUGGACACCCAACUUACCUCACCAGACUCUACAGGAGAGCAGUUUUUCACCUCAAAAGUUGUCCGGCUAUGCGUGGAUGACCCCAAGUUCUACUCAUAUGUGGAAUUUCCCAUUGGUUGUAUUCGAGAUGGCAUUGAAUAUCGCUUGAUUCAGGACGCUUACCUCAGUAAGCCUGGAAGGGCCUUGGCCAAGCAACUGGGCAUUUCAGAACAGGACGACAUUCUGUUCACAAUCUUCUCACAGGGGCAGAAGAACAGAGUCAAACCACCAAAAGAAUCUGUCCUCUGCCUUUUCACAUUGAAGAAGAUCAAAGACAAGAUCAAGGAGCGUAUCCAGUCCUGCUACCGUGGAGAAGGAAAGCUUUCUUUGCCUUGGCUUUUGAAUAAAGAAUUAGGUUGCAUAAAUUCACCCUUGCAAAUAGAUGAUAAUUUCUGCGGACAAGAUUUUAACCAACCAUUGGGUGGAACUGUCACAAUUGAAGGUGUGCCGCUCUUUGUGGACAAGGAAGAUGGCAUGACAUCAGUGGCUGCUUAUGACUACCAUGGACACACAGUUGUUUUUGCUGGUACACGAAGCGGCAGGAUAAAAAAGAUCUUGGUUGAUCCUGCCAGUCCCAUUGGGCAUCCAGCCUUGCAAUAUGAAAAUGUGAUAGCCCAUGAUGGCAGUCCAAUUUUGCGGGAUUUAGUGCUGAGCCCUGAUCUGCAAUAUCUUUAUGCCAUGAGUGAAAAACAGGUGACUCGUGUGCCAGUGGAAAGCUGUGAGCAAUAUACAACAUGUGCACUGUGCCUGGGUUCUAGAGAUCCGCACUGUGGUUGGUGUGUCCUACAUAACAUCUGUUCUCGGAAGGAGCGUUGUGAUCGAGCAGAUGAACACCAGCGUUUUGCCUCAGAUCUGCACCAGUGUGUUCAACUUACCGUUCAGCCUAAGAAUAUAUCAGUCACCAUGUCGGAAGUCCCGCUGGUUUUACAAGCCUGGAAUGUUCCUGAUCUCCAGGCUGGUGUGAAUUGUUCUUUUGAAGAUUUCACUGAAUCUGCAAGCCGCAUUGAAAAUGGCAGAAUCUACUGUAGUUCUCCAUCUACAAAAGAUGUGAUACCUAUUACCAGAGGACAAGGUGAUAAGCGAGUGGUAAAGCUUUAUCUUAAGUCCAAAGAGACAGGGAAGAAGUUUGCCUCUGUGGAUUUUGUAUUUUACAACUGUAGUGUUCACCAAUCCUGCCUGUCCUGUGUGAAUGGAUCCUUCCCUUGCCACUGGUGUAAAUAUCGUCACAUUUGUACUCAAAAUGCAGCAGACUGUUCCUUCCUUGAAGGCCGUGUGAACAUGUCUGAGGACUGCCCUCAGAUCCUUCCAAGCACCCAGAUCUAUAUCCCUGUUGGUGUAGUGAAGCCUAUCACUUUAACUGCCAAAAACCUGCCACAGCCACAGUCUGGACAGCGCAAUUACGAAUGCAUUUUCCAUAUCCCUGGGAACCCUUCCCGUGUCACUGCCCUGCGUUUCAACAGUACCAGCAUCCAGUGUCAGAAUACUUCGUAUUUCUAUGAAGGGAAUGACAUCAGUGACCUCCCAGUGAACCUUUCUGUUGUGUGGAAUGGAAACUUCAUAAUUGACAAUCCCCAAAACAUCCAAGCUCACUUGUACAAGUGCUCAGCUCUGCGAGAAAGCUGUGGGCUGUGCCUGAAAGCAGAUCCACGCUUUGAGUGCGGCUGGUGUGUGUCAGAAAAACGAUGUUCCCUACGUCAACACUGCCCAGUAUCGGAAAGUAGCUGGAUGCAUGCAAGCAAUGGCAAUAGCCGUUGUGCAGAUCCCAAAAUCCUUAAGUUGUUUCCUGAAACAGGCCCCCGACAAGGUGGAACUCGGUUAACCAUCAUUGGUGAGAACUUGGGCCUGAAGUUUGAUGAUGUACGCAUGGGUGUACGGGUUGGCAAAGUGAUAUGCAUCCCUAUUGAAAGUGAAUAUAUCAGUGCUGAACAGAUCGUCUGUGAGAUUGGAGAAGCCAGCCCCAGCAAAAUUCAAGAUGCCCCUGUAGAAGUGUGUGUCAGAGAUUGUUCUCCCAGCUACAAGGCCAUAGCUCCAAAAAGCUUCACAUUUGUGGCCCCUACCUUCUCACAAGUCAUCCCAGCUCGUGGGCCUCUUUCUGGGGGCACCUGGAUUAGCAUCAGAGGAAGACAUCUCAAUGCAGGAAGUAACAUCACAGUGACCAUUGGAGGACAACCAUGUGCUUUUGCAGGGAGAAAUGCUGGUGAAAUCCAAUGUAGGACCCCAUCUGGUCAGAUUCCAGGUAGUUCAGCCAUCCUCAUUCAUAUCAACCGAGCUGUGCUUAGCAGUGCUGACGUUACAUAUUAUUAUACUGAGGAUCCCACAAUCCAAAAGAUAGAACCUGAAUGGAGUAUCAGAAGUGGUGGGACAUUAUUGACUGUGACGGGCACUAACCUGGCUACUAUCAAAGCACCUAGAAUCCGAGCCAAAUAUGGCACUGCUGAGAAGGAGAAUAAUUGUACAGUCUACAAUGAUACCAUCAUGGUGUGUUAUGCUCCUUCCAUUGAUAACCCAGUCAAGAGCCCUUCAGAGCUUGGUGAUCGACCAGAUGAGAUUGGCUUUAUUAUGGACAAUGUUCAAGCCUUGUUGAUCAUCAACAAAACUAACUUUAUCUAUUAUCCAGAUCCUGUGUUUGAACCCUUGCCAUCUGGUAUGUUGGAGCUCAAGCCAAGUUCUCCUCUUAUUCUCAAGGGCCGUAACCUGCUCCCACCAGCACCUGGUAAUUUCCGGUUAAACUAUACUGUACUCAUUGGAGACACUCCAUGUGCUCUUACUGUUUCUGAAACUCAACUGCUCUGCGAGUCCCCAAACCUCACAGGACAACAUAAAGUGACGAUUAAGGCUGGGGGGUUUGAGUUCUCUCCAGGGUCACUGCUGAUCUAUUCUGACAACCUGUUGACUUUGCCAGCCAUUAUUGGCAUUGGUGGAGGAGGCGGACUUCUCUUGCUCAUCAUCAUAAUUGUCCUUAUUGCAUACAAACGGAAGUCUCGAGAUGCUGACCGCACCCUCAAACGUCUCCAGCUGCAAAUGGACAACUUGGAAUCACGGGUGGCCUUGGAGUGCAAGGAAGCUUUUGCUGAGCUGCAGACGGAUAUCCAUGAACUGACCAAUGACUUGGAUGGGGCUGGCAUCCCAUUUUUGGAUUAUUGCACCUAUGCCAUGAGAGUCCUCUUUCCAGGAAUAGAAGACCAUCCUGUCCUGAAAGAAAUGGAGGUCCAGGCUAAUGUGGAGAAGUCUUUGACACUCUUUGGGCAGCUCUUGAACAAAAAGCACUUCCUGUUAACUUUUAUUCGAACGUUAGAGGCCCAACGCAGCUUCUCCAUGCGUGACCGGGGUAAUGUAGCCUCUUUAAUAAUGACAGCCCUACAGGGUGAGAUGGAAUAUGCCACUGGAGUGCUGAAACAGCUUCUCUCAGAUCUGAUUGAAAAGAAUUUGGAGAGCAAGAACCAUCCCAAAUUGCUCUUGAGGAGGACUGAGUCGGUAGCUGAAAAAAUGCUGACCAACUGGUUCACAUUCCUUCUGUAUAAGUUCCUAAAGGAGUGUGCAGGUGAACCUCUGUUCAUGUUGUAUUGUGCCAUCAAACAACAGAUGGAGAAGGGGCCUAUAGAUGCAAUCACUGGAGAAGCCCGCUAUUCCCUGAGUGAAGACAAGCUCAUCCGGCAACAAAUUGACUACAAAAUGUUGACACUAAACUGUGUGAACCCUGAAAAUGAAAACGCUCCUGAAAUUCCAGUCAAGGUCCUAAAUUGUGAUACCAUCACACAAGUGAAGGAAAAGCUGUUGGAUGCUGUGUACAAAGGAGUACCAUAUUCCCAAAGACCCAAAGCAGGAGACAUGGACUUGGUGAGCACGAUCCCCAGUGACCCCAUGCCCUUCUCUUCCAUCGGUGCAGAGUGGCGGCAGGGCAGGAUGGCUCGGAUAAUUCUUCAAGAUGAAGAUGUCACCACAAAGAUCGACAAUGACUGGAAAAGGCUCAACACUCUAGCUCAUUACCAGGUAACAGAUGGUUCAUCUGUGGCACUGGUGCCCAAACAGAACUCUGCCUACAACAUUUCCAAUUCCUCUACUUUCACAAAAUCACUCAGCAGAUAUGAGAGUAUGCUCCGGACAGCUAGCAGCCCUGACAGUCUCCGUUCCCGGACCCCCAUGAUCACACCUGACCUGGAGAGUGGCACCAAGUUAUGGCAUCUGGUGAAGAAUCACGAUCACAUGGAUCAGCGAGAAGGUGAUCGUGGCAGCAAGAUGGUCUCAGAAAUAUAUUUGACUCGUCUGUUAGCUACUAAGGGAACUUUACAGAAGUUUGUGGAUGACCUUUUUGAGACUAUCUUCAGCACAGCCCACCGAGGGAGUGCCUUGCCUCUGGCCAUCAAGUACAUGUUUGACUUCCUGGAUGAACAAGCUGAUAAGCACCAGAUCAAUGACUAUGAUGUCAGGCACACUUGGAAGAGUAACUGUCUACCUCUGCGUUUUUGGGUGAAUGUGAUUAAGAACCCGCAAUUUGUGUUUGACAUUCAUAAGAACAGUAUUACUGAUGCCUGCCUAUCAGUGGUGGCUCAGACAUUCAUGGACUCCUGCUCAACUUCUGAGCACAAGCUAGGGAAAGAUUCUCCCUCCAAUAAACUACUGUAUGCCAAGGACAUCCCUAACUAUAAGAGCUGGGUAGAAAGAUAUUAUGCAGAUAUAGCUAAAAUGCCAGCAAUCAGCGAUCAGGACAUGAGUGCCUAUUUGGCAGAGCAGUCACGGUUACACUUGAGCCAAUUCAACAGCAUGAGUGCCCUGCAUGAGAUCUACUCAUACAUUACUAAGUACAAGGAUGAGAUUUUAGCUGCUUUAGAGAAGGAUGAACAGGCCCGAAGACAACGGCUGCGAAGUAAGUUGGAGCAGGCAAUUGACACAAUGGCCCUCAGUAGCUGAAAAGGCCGAGUUGUUGUUGCAGACUUCCUAGCAGCGGAGGCUAAAAGAGAAAGCGGCAAGCAAGUUGCAGCAACAAGAAAACACACAAGAUAUAUUGGGGCUCGGCACAAAACAGUGCACAGAGUCUGCUGCGUCUUUGAACCUUUUGCACCGAUUGAACAGAAGAAAAUCAAACAAUCCUUUAAAUCAUUAUUAUCAAAGCAAACUGAAAACAAUUUAAGGACCUUUUUGAAAGGAGCGACUGACGUGGCAAAGAACCUGAGAGACCCAAGAGAUGUGUGAGAAGAGCCGGGGGGAAGAAAUUCCAGCUGAACUGCUACUGUCCCUUCCCCACCAAGGCCUGCCCCAAAUCUGGCAAAGGAAGGUUGGGGCAUGCACUAACUUCUAGGGCAAUGAUUUUACAUUAUGUUUUUCUUAUAGCAGGCGGGUGGGCAGUCUUAUCAUUUUUUCCCUUCUGUAUUUGCUUCGACUCCCGCCUUGACUGGACAACUCAACUCUUCAAUCUACUCCUCCUUUCUUUCUCCCUGGCCUACUGUCUCUAGUGUUAACUGCUAAAUUUGCACAAUUUUCACAAGCUAAUGCUGUCCUUUUAGGGACUGAAAGGAUAUGGAGGGUGGGGGGGAAGGUUGCAAAUCUGCAAGAAAUCUUUGCAAGGUUUUUUCCCCCCAACAAAUUAUUGGUGUGGGAGAGAAAUGAGGGUGAGUAGAACCUAGAGAAGUGGUCCCAGGCCUCCUUUUUUUAUUCUUUCUACAGUUCGUCCUGUGCCAUUUUAAAACGUCAUUGAGCACAGGCCAAAUAAAUGCUCUCAUUUUGAAUGCUGCUUAAGGGUGUGCUGGAGACUUAGAAACAGAAAGGCGAAAAAAAAAAACACCUAAAAAUAAAAAAAGAGGGAUAGGCACAUAUGAAAACAAUCUCACCUAAAGAAUGAUGUUUCUCAUCUAUAAGGAGCAAUGCAACUUCCCGAUAUACCUUGCAUUGGAUUUUUAUAGAAAUCAGAAUCAGCUUUUAUAAGCAAAGUUUAACAACUGUCUCAAAAUUGCCCCUACAGAGUUUUCCUUAGUGUACACACACACACACACACACACACACACACACACACACCUCCCUCCAUGUGUAAGCUUUCCAUUUAGAGGUCAAAGAUACUUUCAAAGAAGCUCUCCAUGUACAAGUAUCAUAUAGCCAGAGAGAAAGGAGCUCUUUAGUCUAAUAGCUCAGUAUUGCAAAAGGAGAAUGUUCAGGUUAAGCAGGAUCAUGCAGGCAGUUUAGAGAAAAGCUUUUUUUUUUUUUUUUGCCUUUUGAAAUUGCAUUGCUCCACCUCAUUCCACUGGCUCUGGCUCUCCCCCAAUGGCAACAUAAAGCCUGGUCAGAUUAUCAGAAGGGCAGUCUUUAUUUCAAACAGUAAAAAAAAUAAGGUGUUCCCACAUAAGGUUGCAGUUUAACCCAGAUAAAUACGACAUGUCAUUUCCAGCAUUGUUUUCGGUAUGUAUGUGUGUGUAUGAGAGAGAGAGAAGGGUUGUGCAUGCUCAUGGACAUUCAGCUCUUCCAAAUACUGAUUACUGCAUACUUAUAUCUUCAGCAGGCUAAUUCCAAAAACAAAAACAGGCUUAAAGUUUUUACAGCAGACUUGUCCAAUCUAUAGACCUGGGUCUGCAUGCAGCCAUGGACAGUUACAGUAGUAAUGUGUCCCCAUAAACCUUCCACGUUAUUAUGUGGCUCUUAUAUAUGUUGUUGUCAAUGUGUGAAAUUAGGCAUUUCAUGGAAUGCCUAGGAAAUCUAUAGAAUGACAAAAAUCAAAUGAAACACUUUUAACAUUUCACACAUUUCCUAGGUAUUCUACGCAAUGCAAAAAGGCAAACCAGCAAAGUAUAAAAUACUCCUGCUAAAAUCCCAUUCUGGCCUUCCUUGUUGCAACAUGUAGGUCAAUACUGGUCUUUUUGUCUUGGUUAUUUAUUUUUUUCAGUAAGGAAAAACUUCUAUUUUGCAUUUCUUCUUUUAUUUUCAUACAUGUCUUUCCAAUAAAGGGUUAAAGUUAGGGUGAGAGCCUAAGCCUAAGCUAACCCUAUUCAUGUUGCUCUUUUCAUGCUUUUCCUAAACAGUUAUUGUCACACUGCAAAAUGCCUAGGUAUUACAUACAAUGUCUAGGGAAAGUAUAUAGCGCAUUAAAAUAACAGACAUUUCAUACUUAGCUUACAAAUGUCACCCAUUCUUUGCUCACAUGUUUUGUUUGUUUUCUUGUUUUAUAUUUUAUAAUAAAACAAAAUAAAUGUACUAUUUCCUAGGCAUUCCAUUCUAUACAAUGCCAGCCUUUCACACAUUGCCAGUAACAUAUAUAGUAACUGUAUUACACAUUUAACAUGCACCCAAGAAAUUUCCAGUUCACUCAGUGUGGGUCAGGCAAGCCAAAAAGUUGGACAAUCAUGCUUUAAA